AACGUUCGCAAAACUUCAGCGACUUCGCUAAGCGAGACGACUUGCCGACUCGACAAGCGACGACGACGACGACGCCGCAGCUUGAGUAGCAUUCUCAUCUGCUCAGCGCAGAAGUAACCCCGUUAUAUAUAUACUUAGAAAAGAUACGAUUGUUUUAUUUUGUCACGAUGAUCCUGUCAUCCGCAAACGAAUCUGCUAGCAGUGCACCUGUCGACCCGCCAAUUCACACGCUCCCCGUCCCCGCCGGCUCAGCUACCAAUUCUGGCGCUGCCGUCAGACUUCCCCCCAUCGCGAAUGCCGCCAGUUCCGCCGAUGGGCGGAAGCGGAGACCGCUGCAGCUGCGCCUGGCGGUCAGCGGAGCAGACGGGGAAGCGGGAAGCCCCCUGAGGGGGGGUGUAUACCGCACUAGCACCACCACCACCGCCGCUGCUAGUACCGCCGCCACCACCACCCCACGGGAAGGCUUGUUUGGGUUCCGUGCGGGCGCGCGACGAUUGUACGAAGCGCGCAAGCAGCAGGUCAAGCCCAUAAAGCAGCAACAAACACCAGUAACGCUGCCCCGAGGCUCGUCCCUCCCCGCUGCUGCUGGUGCUGCUGCCGCCCCGGAGGGAGGGCGGAAGCAACGGCAGAUGAAACGGCAACAGAAGCGCAGGAGCGGGCCAGGUGAUUUGUCAGGUGGGGUGCCGUCGAUGGGGCGAGACGUGUGGGAGGCAGCAGAGAAGAACCAGCUGGGGAGCGGAGAGCAGAGGAGAAAGAACGGAGAUGGCUUCUGACGUUUCUCGGGAGCCGAUUGAUGGCAGCGUGGGGAGAAGAGAGAAGGAGGAGUCUCCAUUGCGCGACGACGAGGGAAGGGGAGAAUGGGCGGAGGGGGAGAGUGAGGGGAGGAUUGCGUUUGUGGUGAGGGUUGUUU